CUUGUGUCUCCCAGCUCAGAUGCAGCUCCCCUCCCUGCAGUGCAGGAACAGCUCUGUGUCCCCCCUUCCCUAUCAUUGUCCUGGCUGCAGCCUCCAGCCCGCUCUGGAAUGUCAUGGAUGUCCUCUAGCCGCACUGCCCACCUCAUCCCUGGCUGCUGCCCCUUGGCAUGAAGUCUCAUCAUCAACUCUUCUAAUUCAGAUCUCAGUCCUAGAGGUGUCCUCCUCUCUCUGUGCAUCCUUCCUGGCUUUGUCCUGACACUUCCACACCGGUGUCCUUGUACGUCUGGCACCUUUUUUUUGGGAUUGGGUGAAUAUUUAAAUGAUCUCAUCGCCCGGCACAUCUGGACAGGACAGGAAGAAUGUGGAAGGGCCAAGGAUAUCAAAUCACUUCUUUAGUGCUGCUGAUGCUGGUCCUGGUGUUCGGAGGUGGACACGCUGAAGCACAAAGAGCAGGCUGUAAGAAUGUCAAUUACGACUUGAUCUUCCUCUUGGACACAUCUUCAAGUGUGGGCAAAGAGGACUUUGAGAAGGUUCGUCAGUGGGUCUCUAACCUGGUGGACACUUUCGAGAUUGAGCAGGACAAGACUCGGGUCGGAGUAGUACGGUACAGCGGUAAACCCUACACAGAGUUCGACCUGGGGAGGUUUCAGACUCGCGAGGACGUAAAAGAGGCCGCUAGGAAUAUUAAAUACUAUGGAGGAAACACAAACACUGGAGAUGCUUUGAGAUACAUCACAACAUACAGCUUUUCGGAGGAGGCAGGCGGGCGGCCCAGAGAGCGGGCCAUUAAAAAGGUGGCCAUUUUGCUAACGGAUGGCAGAAGCCAAGACCUGGUGCUGGAACCUGCCACGGCAGCGCAUAAGGCUGGGACUAGGAUUUUUGCUGUAGGUGUUGGGGAAGCGCUCAAGGAAGAACUUGUGGAGAUAGCUUCGGAACCCAAGUCAGUCCAUGUUUUUCAUGUCUCUGAUUAUAAUGCCAUUGAUAAAAUCAGAGGGAUUUUGAGAAGAAGACUGUGUGAAAAUGUCCUCUGUCCAAACGUCAGAGUCGAGGGUGAGCGUUUUAAACACAAGAAUGGAGAAAAAGACGAAAUUCCAGGUUUUGACCUAAUGGAACUCUUUAACGUCAAAGAAGUAUUUGGUGAAAAAGAUGGCGGAGUACAGAGCUCCUAUGUACGCCUUGGAACCUACCCCAUCGUCCAGAAGACCGAAGAUGUCUUUCCACAAGGUCUGCCAGAUGAAUACGCCUUUGUCACCACGUUCAGGUUCAGAAAGGCCUCCAGACGGGAGGACUGGUACAUCUGGCAAAUCAUCGACAAAUACGGAAUACCGCAGGUCUCACUGAGGGUGGACGGAGAGAACAAGGCUUUGGAGUACAGUUCAGUGGGCGUCACAAAGGACGCGGUGAAAGCGAACUUUCGAGGAACCCAAGUGAGCGAGCUGUUCGACCGUAACUGGCACAAGAUUGCCAUCAGCGUGCAGGCAAAGACCGUCACCUUGUACAUCGACUGCAAGCUGGUUUUGACUUUGCCCAUCGAAGAACGUGAGAACAUUGACAUCCAGGGGAAGACGGUGAUCGGAAAACGUCUCUAUGACAGCGUUCCUGUAGAUUUUGACCUCCAACGUAUCGUCAUCUACUGUGACUCAAGGCAUGCCGAACUGGAGACCUGCUGCGAUAUCCCUAAUGGACCUUGUGCGGUGACUGUAGGCACAGAGCCCUCACCCAUCAUACCCACACCAACACCAACACCAGUGGAGCAAAGGGGAAUUGAAAACAGCACCAUCAACUGCUCCCACUGCCCAUUCGGGGAGAAGGGUGAAAUUGGUCUUCCUGGUCCUUUGGGCCCCAAGGGAGAAAUCGGAAGUCCGGGGCCUGUCGGACCUCCAGGUCUGAAAGGAGAGAAAGGAGAGUCUGGAGAAGAAGGCAAAGCGGGCAUCCCUGGACUAAGAGGCGAGAAAGGCGAAAAGGGAUCGUUAGGGCCCCCUGGAACAGCUGGAAGACUUGGAACCAAAGGAGAACGGGGCGACAGAGGUGAAAUCGGGGAGAUCGGAGUCGCAGGACCUCCGGGACCGCGGGGACCGGAGGGACCCAGAGGACCACCAGGAGCUCUGGGACCAGUGGGCGCCCCUGGUUUGCAAGGAGAACGAGGAGAAAGAGGCAGCAGAGGAGAGAAGGGUGAAAGAGGCUUGGAUGGGUUCCCUGGGAAGCCAGGAUCUGAAGGUAAAGAGGGUCCUAGGGGCGACAUUGGUUUACCGGGUCUAAAAGGACUUAAAGGAGAUCAUGGUAAUAAAGGAGAAGCAGGCCCUCCCGGAAUACCUGGCAAUGUUAUACAGAAGGAAGGACUGAAAGGAGAACAAGGCGCUCCUGGGCCGCGAGGACCUCAGGGGCCUCUGGGACCACCUGGACCGUCUGGACCAGAAGGCUCCAAGGGGAGUGCCGGUCUCCCAGGACUUGAAGGACAGCGGGGAGAAAAAGGAGAGGGUGGUCUGCCUGGAGUGGACGGGGAACCGGGUGUUGCGGGUCCUCCUGGGCCAGUUGGCAUUGGUGGACCACCGGGUGAAACGGGUCUCCAGGGGUUGCCUGGUGAAAUUGGCUUUCCUGGCAAGCCUGGCAAAAUUGGACCUGUGGGAUCUACUGGUAAAGACGGGACAGAUGGUGUAGAUGGGAAACCGGGACAAAAGGGUGAACAGGGUGAACGUGGCUUGGAUGGAAUUCCUGGACAAGUUGGCCCUAAGGGCCAACAUGGUGAGCAGGGACUCCCCGGUACCCAUGGGCGGAAGGGAGACAUUGGCCCUCCAGGAUUGGCUGGAGCAGCUGGCUUGAAAGGCGAAAAGGGAGACCUGGGUGAAAAAGGAAAUAUUGGAUCUUCAGGGCUGAAAGGUGAAAGAGGAGAUAAGGGUGUUGCCGGUCCACCUGGUUUACCAGGAACAGCGGGAACGGCAGAAACGGUAGUCGGUGAGCCUGGAAUUCCGGGUCUUCCAGGAGAAAAAGGAGAGAAAGGAGAACAAGGAAAUGAGGGCGAUACAGGACCCAAAGGGCCUCCGGGAGACCUAGGACCUAUCGGGCCUGUAGGACCACAGGGCCCUAAAGGAUUGGAUGGGAAUAAAGGAGAGCGCGGACCAAAGGGAGAUACUGGUCCAGUUGGCCCCGCCGGACAACCUGGAGCCCGAGGGUUACCAGGAAAUGUGGGAAGUCCAGGAGAUGCCGGUCUAGCAGGAAAAGAUGGACAGAAUGGUGCAAAGGGUGAGGCGGGCCGAGACGGAAAAGUCGGACCUCCGGGCCCUCAGGGGCAAGCCGGACUUGCUGGUUUGCCGGGAUUACCAGGAAAAGGCAAAGAUGGUGAACGGGGUGAACGAGGAUUUCCUGGGCCCCAUGGACAAUCUGGUUCGAAAGGGGAUCGAGGAUCUCCAGGUCUCCCUGGCCAACCUGGAGCCCGCGGACCUCCAGGAAUAGGCAUUGAUGGCAUUCCGGGCCUGACUGGACCUUCCGGAGAAAAGGGGGAACAGGGUACUAGAGGUCUUUCUGGUCCACCAGGCCCUCAAGGUCCACCAGGACAAGAUGGCUUCCCAGGAACCCCAGGAGAGUCGGGGCCUCCAGGUGAACCGGGUCCGGCUUCCAUCUUCUCCCCAGGAGACGUGCAACAUCUUCUCAAGGAUGCUUGCAAAGACUGUCCACAAGGCCCCCCAGGGCUCCCAGGAAUACCAGGAUUUAAAGGGGAUAACGGACUCCGUGGACCACCGGGAAGAGACGGCAUUGAUGGCAAAAAGGGUGAACCUGGUAUUGUGGGCCCUCCCGGUCCAACUGGCCUAGAUGGUAUGAAGGGGAGCAGAGGAGAUCGAGGGCCAGAUGGAGAAGCUGGACCAAAAGGUGAACAGGGUAAUCCUGGAAUGCCGGGUUUCACCGGAUCUCCGGGUAAUCCUGGACCGCCUGGACCUGAUGGCCUUCCUGGACCCAUUGGACCUCCUGGCCCCUCUGGAGAGACUGGUAAAGAGGGCCCUCCUGGACCCAAAGGACCUCCUGGAUUACCCGGACUGCUGGGCAUCGCUGGAAAGGACGGAAAGGACGGCAAGCCAGGCUCGCCUGGGGAAGCAGGAAAGCCAGGAGAACCAGGCCCUCUGGGACGAGAGGGGACACGAGGACCUCCGGGUUUCAAGGGCCACAGAGGUGAUACUGGUCUUCCUGGGUCCAGGGGGGAGCCCGGUACACCAGGACCUCCAGGGCGGGAAGGAGGAUCAGGAAAGGAUGGAGACCCUGGACCACCUGGACACCAGGGGCCGAGAGGAAUCCGCGGACCGUCUGGUAAGAAUGGAGUAUCUGGCCCUCCAGGGAGCCAAGGACCUCCGGGCUUGAUGGGCCCCAAGGGAAGCAAAGGUGACACAGGCACUGCUGGAAUCCCAGGAUUUCAAGGACCUAAAGGACCACCUGGAGCACCUGGAGAGAGUGGUCCACCUGGUAAAGAGGGUUCUGUUGGCAAAUCAGGUGAUCCAGGACCAAAGGGAGAGAGGGGAGAUUCAGGUAACAAAGGAGAUAAAGGCAUGCAGGGAGAGAAAGGUCCACCAGGAGAACCUGGAAAACCGGGACACAAAGGUCACACUGGAAUCAUGGGCCCAGCUGGCCCACAAGGGGAGAGAGGAGUAUCAGGCUCACCCGGGUCACCAGGUGUUCCAGGACAGACUGGGCCAAGGGGGGAUCCUCCUUCAACGGAAACACUAAGAAGACUUAUUCAGGAGGAGCUGGGAAAACAACUUGAUGCAAAAUUAGCCUACCUCAUGGCUCAGAUGCAGCCAGCACCUAUCAAAUCGUCUCAGGGCAGGCCGGGACCUCCAGGACCUCCUGGGAAGGAUGGAAACGACGGCAGGUCGGGGCCACACGGAGAACCAGGAAUACCAGGACCUAUGGGACCUGAAGGGCCUGCAGGACCACAGGGUCCAAAAGGUGAAAGGGGCGCUAAGGGUGAGAGAGGAGAAUUCGGAGUCGGACAGAGAGGUGAAAUAGGACCUCCAGGAAUUCCAGGUAUUCCCGGAGAACCCGGCUACGCCAAAGAUGGAAUCCCAGGUAUCCCAGGUCCUCAAGGUGAACCAGGGAUGCCAGGACUUUCUGGACCUCCAGGCCCUUCAGGCCCCAAUGGACAGUGUGACCCAUCACAAUGCGCAUACUAUGCUAGCCUGGGAUCCAGACCUGGUAAUGUCAAAGGGCGGUGAGACCAAUGGAGACUCAUGAACACUUGAGACUGAAACUUGAAUUUUUUGCUGUUAAAAAAGAAAAAAAAAGUGACGCGUCCAAAAUGAAGGGUCCUGACAGGCAUCACCGAAUCCGAGGAAGCUCCGCCUAAGGCGAAACAAUUCAGUUUCAAGGCAUACGUUUUUUUGUUUUUUUUUGUAAUGGUUGAAACCAACAGUAACUGCUGGUCGGUCAUGGCUUUUUGUGUUUUCACAUAAUGCGUGUCACAUAUUUUUUGUAAAGGAAAAAAAAAAAA